GCUGAGCUGUGUUUAUUCUGGAUUUAUCUCCUGCGUAUGAUCUUGAAUCACCUCUGCCUUUGCCUUUAUUUUAAUCAGAUCUCUGGUCUACUGUGUUUUAAACCUUUUACAUGUUUCAGUGUGGGUUUCCUCCUGGUCCUCCAGUGUUCUCCUACGUGUCACUGACGGCUCAUCAUGAAGUGUUGAGGCACUCAUUAAGUGUGAAGUGGAGACUCUAUGAGCAGUGAAACGAUGCAGUGACAGAAUGAGGGAAAUAUUUCAGCAGAACAAAUGACACUAAAGUGCAGAAUCUAGUGAAAUCUUUCUGCUUUAUUUACAUAAUUAAUGAACACAAUCUGGUGGAGGUUUUAGUGCUUGUAGUGAGACACGAUCCUGCUGUAAAUCCUCUUGUUGUGAAGAUCCAGAGUGGAUGAUAAAAGGCUGCUUGGGUUGUGACGUGGUGCCUUCAAUAACACUUGGAUUGGAUUAGUGUAGGGCUGCAACAACUAAUUGAUAAUAAUCAAUAACGAAAUUGGUUGUCAACAAAUGUUGUUAUCAAAUAGUUGGGCUGCUCAAGUUACGGGUUCGCGUGACUGCAAGAAAACAGCCACAUGUGAAAAGGAAAAAGAAAGCAAACUGGUGUCCCGGAUGAAGGUCAAACAUCAGCACGGAGCCUUCCUCCAAGUGCUGGUGAUAAGUCAGGGAUGUUAUGUGUCCUGGCUCAAUGGUCUCCAGUGGAUUAAAGCUGUCUGUGGAGGACCCUUUGGAAGUCAGUUGAAGGUCCAGUUGAUCAUCUUCUAUAAAACAUUCCAUACAAGGAUCAGAACUUAAAUAAAUUGUUUAGUAAAGACAAGGCUAGUAGUUUUCCAGCAAAUCUACAUUACAUCUGCACCAAUGAGCUUCUUCCCACACUAACUUACUAAACUAUUGCAGUACCUUAUUUUUAUUACGAUUUGAAUAGAUUUUCUUAGUUUUUGAGAUGCUCAAAAAUUAAUGGAUAUUUAUUUAGUAAUAAUUAAAAUACAGAACAUUAUAAGAAUCAUGGACUUUAUCUUCAUCGUCCUCCUUUAAAGCCCCACCCACCGUCUUUUUUAUGCUAUAAACUCAAAAGCUCAAAGUUCAUUUAGAUAAAACACUAAACUCAGAUAGAAGCUCCAUCUCUUCCUCUUUAUCUCUUUUUCUUUGUCUUUCUUUCUGUUUCUGAGAAAGGAGUGAAAAUGGCAGAGGCCAGUAUUUCAGUAGAUCAGGAUCAGUUCAUCUGUCCAGUGUGUCUGGAUCUCCUGAAGGAUCCGGUGACUGUCUCGUGUGGACACAGUUUCUGUAAGGUGUGUAUUAAUAGCUGCUGGGAUCAGGAGGAACAGAAGGGUGUCUACAGCUGUCCUCAGUGCAGACACACUUUCACUUCAAGGCCUGUUCUAAACAGAAACAACAUGCUGGCUGAAGUGGUGGAGAAACUGAAGAAGAAGACUGAAGUCCAAGCUGCUUCUCCUGAUCACUGUUACGCCGGACCUGGAGAUGUGGAGUGUGAUUUCUGCACCAGGAGAAAACACAAAGCCGUCAAAUCCUGUCUGGUGUGUGUGACUUCUUUUUGUGAAAUUCAUCUGAAACCUCAUCUAGAAGUUCCUGCUUUAAAAAAACACACAUUAACUGAAGCCUCAGCAAAGCUACAAGAGAAGAUCUGCUCUGAACAUAACAAGCUGAUUGAGAUCUACUGCAGAACUGAUCAAAUAUCCAUUUGCUCUUUGUGCAUGUUGGAUAAACAUAAAGGCCAUGACGCUGUAUCAGUUACAGCAGGAAGAGCUGAGAAACAGAGUGAGUUAAAGGAGCAGCAGAUGAAAUCCCAGCAGAGAAUCCAGGAGAAGCAGAAGAAGGUGCAGGAGCUGAAACAGGCUGUGAACACUAUAAAGCUCAGUGCACAGACAGCAGUGGAGGACAGUGAGAAGAUCUUUACUGAGAUGAUCAGCUUUAUGAAGAAAAAGCGCUUGGAGGUGCUGGAGAUGAUCAGAGCUCAGGAGGAGGCUGAACUAAGUGGAGCUGAACGACUCCUGGAGAAACUGGAGCAGGAGAUCGCUGAUCUUCAGAGGAGAGUCACUGAGCUGGAGCAGCUUUCACACACACACGAUCACAUCCAUUUCCUCCAGAGUUUCCAGUCUCUCUGUGUCUCUGCUGGACGUCGGUCUCCUGAUCUACCAAGACCAAAUUUUCACACAUCCAGCAUCACUGUCCAUCAACAUCACUUAUCAGAUGGAAUGGGGAAAUAUUUCUCAGAUCUAAAGAAGAAACUUGAGGAAUUCUGUGAGGAGGAAUUCAACAAAAUCCCUGCACAAGUUCAGUCUUUUCUUUCAGAGCCACAGAACAGAGACGAGUUUCUGAAAUAUUUCUGUUAUCUGACUCUGGAUCCCAACACGGCACAUCGUAAACUCAUUAUGUCUGAGAAGAACAGAGCAGUGAGCGGUAGUGUGAGAAAGCAGCAGUACUCUGAUCAUCCAGAGAGAUAUGACUCCUGGCCUCAAGUGUUGUGUGAACAAAGUGUGUGUGGAUGCUGUUACUGGGAGGUGGAAUGGAGUGGUGUGGGUGUGGACAUUUCAGUCUUAUAUAAAGACAUCAGAAGGAAAGGACGGGGUGAUGAGUGUGUGUUUGGACGCAACAAUCAGUCCUGGAGUCUGCAGUGUUCUACUACUUCUCUCUGUUUCUAUCACAACAACAUUGAGACUGAUCUCAGAGUUCUGCCACCAUCCAGAAUAGGGGUGUAUGUGGAUCACAGUGCAGGAACUCUGUCCUUCUACAGCGUCUCUGACACCAUGAAGCUCCUCCACAGAGUCCAAACAACAUUCACUCAGCCACUAUAUGCUGGAUUUGGACUUCACUACUUAUCAUUUGGUUCAUCUACUGUGAGAUUGUGUGAUCCAGAAUAAAUUGUAGUGUUUGAGGUAAAAUUCCUGCACGUUGCCACAUUGAUCCUCAAACAUCUGUUUUACUAGAAAACAAUCCAGCUGCACAAAAACAAUCUAAAAUUUUAUUGAAUAAAUAUCAGUAAUUUUAUAAUAUUUAAAAAUAAAAUGUUACAAAAUUGACAAGAAACAAAUCAAAUGUAAAAAGACAAUGAUCAAAUGAUUUCUCAUGAUCUCAUUAAAUAUUUAAAAAACAAUAAUAAAUCCAGAACAGAACAAUAUUGUUUUUAUGUGUUACCUGAAAUUCAUUCCUCUGUGAAACACGAUGGUUUUGAUGAAUUUCCUGGAACAGCAGCUCUGACAGUAGCUCAGGUUUAUAUGAAUGUUCUAAUACUUUAUUGUUUCUAUAGUAACAGCUCACUCAAAUGUCAAUAUUUUGGGUCAAUAUAUAAAAUGUUAAGGCAAAAACCAUUAAUGUUAUUCAAUACAUUAGAUAUUUUUUAUCUCAUUAUCAUUGACUUUUUCUUUGUCUCUUCUGUCUCUCAUUGUAUCUUUUACUUUCUGUAAUUCGUUUUUCUGUUGUCAUCAUUCUGUCUCCCUUUGCAGUCACUGGGAACGACUUAAAAUAAUUUUCCACACAAUAAAGAAAAUGAAUUGUAA